UGUAAAGAAAACUGUUUGUCAUUCACGUAACUUUGAGAUGGGUGAGAUAAACGGAUCGUCGCUAUGUCUUCUGGUUUUCUUCUUUACAGCUUCUUACCUGUGUCAAGCGAAUCGGUAUCCAGAUUAUACAAAGCAUCCCUGUGCACGGCGCUGUGUGGUUGGUGAGCGUCCUAGGACCUGUGAGUACGACUUCAUACAGGAAUACUACUUUGUCCUCACCAAGGCCUGCUACGACUGCCCCUUCAACGCCACGGACUGCUACAGACCUCACUGUGUCUCCGGGAAUGGCGUCCGCCGAGCUAUCAUGACCGUCAAUCGCAUGUUGCCUGGACCAGCUAUCCACGUGUGUCACAACGACACGAUCGUGGUGAAUGCGAAGAACAGAAUGGAAGGCGAAGAAGGAACGGCCAUCCACUGGCACGGCAUCUUCCAUCACGACUCUCAGAUCAUGGACGGGGUCAGCAUGUUGACACAGUGUCCAAUACCGGCCUACACGUCAUUCCAGUACAGAUUUAAAGCCGAAAAUACUGGAACACAUUUCUGGCACAGUCACGCUGGAAGCCAAAGAGCGAACGGUGUGUUUGGGAGUCUUGUGGUGCAUCAACCAGAUUCGACCAAUCCCCAUGCGGCUCUCUACCAGCAUGACCUGCCUGAACACACUAUCGUCGUCCAUGAUUGGCUGAAAACACUGGCGAUGAACAAAUUUGAAGGUCACUACCUGGCGGGAUAUAGCGACGAGCCACACUCGAUGCUAAUUAAUGGAUACUUUGAGAGUGUGCAUUUAACUAGAGACACUGGUGAUAGUUCAAUACGUGCGCUCAUGAACCAAUGUCAAUGUGUGUUCUGUUUACAGUUGGGCGAGUCCACAUCUCUGGAGGAAGUUAAAGCUCUGGACGCGGCUGGCGGGAUUUCGAGGAAGCUGAGCGGAGCAGUAGCAAAGGACACAGUCACCGUCCCAGAUGGAGGAUACACCGUCAUCAGAUUCGUAGCAGAUAAUCCAGGUUUUGGUUUUUUACAUUGUCACGUAAAAUUCCACCUGUCUCUUGGAAUGGGACUUAUUAUACAGGUUGGCAAACCUCAUGAGAUGCCGAAACCUCCAAACAACUGGCCAAAAUGUGGCGACUGGAAAUAUCCCAGAGAAGACAAAAAUAAUGAACGAGAAGGAAAAGGUAAUGGAGGAGAAGGAAAAGCUACUGGCAAAGAUGGUGGAGAAAAAAAAUCGGACGUAGAAACUGAAAAACAAAAGAAAAGUCCGCUAACGAACGAAGCGCACGGCGUAGCAAUAACCAAGGCGUUAACAUCGAUAGUGUUCUUAGUGACGCUUAUGAUUCUGUGAGUGCUGCUAAACUGUAAGGAGGAACUUAGUAAACAGAAAUGCAUAUAUUAAAGGGACAGUCCUCAGUUUGUUGCCAUUGUAAGAUGUUGCGACUAAUAAAAUAUUUUAACGACUAAAAUUA